UCGUUUGCAAGACUACUUUCAGGCUUAUGUCGUUCUGGUGCUUGGGGUUGUUUUGAUGAAUUCAACAGAAUUCAUAUAUCUGUUCUAUCAGUUGUUUCUAGUCAAAUUAAAUCAAUUCAGAAUGCUUUAACAGCAAAAGUGUCAACAUUUCAA